CCCUCCGUGUUUCCGGUACACGAUGGAGUCGCUUCCUCUUUUCAUAACUUCAACGACGGAUCCGGCGGCUUCGUGGGAGUGAUCUGUAUUUUUUCCCCCAUUUUGUUCCUAGAGUUUUUGAUCAAGUCAUCUGCAAACAUGAAACUUGUGCGAUUUCUGAUGAAGUUGAGCCACGAAACGGUCACUAUAGAGCUGAAGAAUGGCACCCAAGUCCACGGCACCAUUACAGGCGUAGAUGUCAGUAUGAACACACACCUCAAGGCCGUGAAGAUGACGCUGAAGAACCGGGAACCUACUCAGCUGGAGUCCCUGAGUAUUCGCGGCAACAACAUCCGCUACUUCAUCCUGCCCGACAGCCUGCCGUUGGACACGCUGCUGGUGGACAUUGAGCCAAAAAUCAAGUCGAAGAAGAGAGAAGCAGUGACUGGCCGAGGGCGGGGCAGGGGCAGAGGGCGAGGCAGGGGCAGAGGGCGGGGGCGUGGGGGACCACGCCGAUGAGGCCCUGUUCACUGCACUGUCCACACCAGCUGUGUCUCACUGUACAGUUUUUUUUUUUUGUAAUUUUGCCAUGAAACCUUUACUGAUUUUAAAGUUCCCCCCCCCCCAUCCUCUUUUUAUGUAAUAAACAAUUUUCUUCACAAAA